AUGGGGUCAAACACACUUGGAAAGGCUGCAACAUUAGAUGAGCUUUUGAACGCUUGUAUUGAAAUGUUUGAUGACAAAGGAAAUCAGUGCUCCAGCCAUUUGCCACGAACUUUUCUUUUAAUGCACCGGUGGUACCUGCCUUCCACAGAGCUGGCUGGCAAGCUUCUCUCCACAUAUAGAGAUGCCAAUGGAGAGAAUUGCAAUGAAUUCAGAUUAAAAAUCUGCUAUUUCAUGAGAUACUGGAUUUUGGAAUUUCCUGCGGAGUUUAACUUGGAUCUUGGGCUGAUUCGUUUGACUGAAGAGUUUCAAGAAGUAGCCAGCCAGCUCGGAUAUGAGGAGCACAUCCCUCUCAUUGAUAUUUCCAGCAUCCCUUCUUAUGACUGGAUGAGAAGAGUUACACAGAGGAAGAGGAUUUCCAAGAAAGGAAAAGCCUGCCUUCUUUUUGACCAUCUGGAGCCCAUUGAGCUAGCUGAACAUCUCACUUUUUUGGAGCAUAAAUCUUUUAGGAGAAUUUCUUUCACAGACUACCAAAGCUACGUGAUCCAUGGCUGCUUGGAUAACAAUCCUACUUUGGAGAGAUCUAUUGCUUUAUUUAAUGGUAUCUCUAAAUGGGUCCAGCUCAUGGUUCUCAGCAAGCCAACACCCCAGCAAAGGGCAGAAGUCAUCACGAAGUUUAUCAAUGUUGCACAGAAGCUCCUUCACCUCCAGAACUUCAAUACACUCAUGGCAGUUGUGGGAGGUCUGAGUCACAGUUCUAUUUCUCGCUUGAAAGAAACUCAUUCACAUCUGUCUUCAGAAGUCACAAAGGACUGGAAUGAAAUGACAGAGCUGGUCUCUUCCAAUGGAAACUACUGCAACUACCGCAAGGCUUUUGCUGACUGUGUGGACUUCAAAAUUCCUAUUUUAGGAGUUCAUUUGAAAGACUUAAUUGCUGUCCAUGUCAUUUUUCCUGACUGGAUAGAUGAGAACAAAGUAAAUAUAGUGAAAAUGCAGCAGCUCUCCAUCACCUUGAGUGAACUGGUUUCCCUCCAAACUGCCUCUCAUCAUUUGGAGCCCAAUAUGGAUUUAAUUAACCUGCUAACUCUGUCCCUGGACCUCUAUCACACUGAGGAUGAUAUCUACAAGCUCUCACUGGUGCUGGAACCAAGGAACUCCAAAUCUCAGCCUACCUCCCCAACGACCCCUAACAAGCCAGUAGUGCCACUGGAGUGGGCUUCUGGAGUAGUACCAAAACCUGACCCUACCAUCAUUAACAAGCACAUACGAAAGCUGGUGGAUUCUGUCUUUAGGAACUACGACCAUGACCACGAUGGCUAUAUUUCUCAGGAAGACUUUGAAAGUAUAGCUGCAAACUUCCCCUUUUUGGACUCUUUCUGUGUUCUGGACAAAGACCAAGAUGGUCUUAUAAGCAAAGAAGAAAUGAUGGCUUACUUUCUGAGAGCUAAAUCACAGUUCCAGUGUAAAAUGGGACCAGGCUUCAUUCAUAACUUUCAAGAGAUGACCUAUCUUAAACCAACUUUCUGUGAGCACUGUGCAGGAUUUCUCUGGGGUAUAAUCAAACAAGGCUACAAAUGCAAAGAUUGUGGUGCCAACUGUCAUAAGCAAUGCAGAGACCUGCUUGUGCUGGCAUGCAGGAAAUUUUCCAGAGGAACCUCAGUAGGCAGCAACCAUGGCUCUCUGCCUAGCAGUCCAUGUCUGCCUCCAGUCCAAGAUGAAGUAUUUGAAUUCCCCAGUGUUGCUGCAGAACACCAGGACCUCGAUGGCAGAGCCAUCACCCUCGUCACCGGCUCCUCAAGGAAAAUCUCAGUGCGGCUGCAGAGGGCAACCACCAGCCAAGCCACACAGACAGAACCACUGUGGCAUGAGCCAGGCUGGAACGACUCAGGUUCCCAUACUUUCCCCAAAAUGAAGUCCAAGUUCCAUGGCAAAGCUGGGAAGAAUAAAGGCUUUGCAAAAUGGGAGAAUGAGAAGCCCAAUGUGCAGGCUGAUCUAGAGCUGGAAGCUGAGGCCUCACAACACACAGAGGAUCACAAUGGAAUAGAAACACUCCCAGAAAGACAAGAAUCUGAGGAUAGCUGAUCUCUCCCCCUGAAGCACAGAAAA